AUGGCAUUUGCAGAGAGGUGGCACCCAGAGACGUCAUCAUUCCAUCUGCCACAUGGUGAGAUUACCAUCACGCUUGACGACGUCGCAUGCCUCCUGCAUAUACCUAUUAAGGGAACCUUUCUUGGUCACGAUAGACUAACGAAGAAGGAAGCGAGGGAGGCUCUGAUUGUUGAGCUCGGGGCUGGUCCUGAGGACGCGCUUGAGGAGGUGGAGAGGACCCGCAGCGUGUAUGCGAGCUCCUCGUACACUUAUGUCGUUUACAUGAGGUACUUAUCGGAUAUCACACAUUUCCAUGAGUACAACUGGGGAGCGGCUACACUUGCGAACAACUACUAUAGAUUCGGAGAGGGAUGUUGGAUAUUACAACACUUUCCCAUGAUAAUUGGCUGGGGAGAGGUUCCUGGCUACACUAAGGCCAUGCCGUGUGCUAGAGUCUACAUCCUCUUUAGUGGGAACCAGGUGUCGGAUCCUUACAAGCACUCUUUUGAUUGUAUGGCUGCAGAGGACAUUCGAUACAACCGCUAUGCUACUCACCGUGAGACAGUUGCGUGGGAUGACGUUGCACUAUAUUCUGGAUGGUUGGCUGCCAGUUCAACCAUCGAUGUUUGUUAUCUUCCGGAGCGCGUCAUGCGGUAG